UAAGAGGGCAGACCUUUUUUUAGGACAUCUAACAGAUAUAAAUCUGACCUGCAUUGAGAAGCGGGUAGCAGAAAAGGAUGGCUGGAAUGAACAUGGCAGUGAAACUAAAUAAUGGGAAGGAAAUGCCUUUUAUCGGACUGGGCACAUGGCAGAGUCCAAAAGAUGAGGUUAAGGCAGCUGUACGGGCUGCUUUGGAUGCCGGGUACAGACAUAUUGACACGGCCUAUAAUUACAUGAAUGAAGAUGCAAUAGGAGAGGUUCUUCAGGAGUAUAUUAAGAGUGGAAAAGUGAAAAGAGAGGAAUUGUUUAUCGUUACAAAGCUUCCAAUGAUUCACAUGGACCCAAAACUGGUGAAGAGAUCCAUUGAAAUAAGCCUGAAGAAACUACAGUUAUCAUAUUUAGAUUUGUACCUGAUUCAUCUCCCUAUA